UUAAUUCUAUAGACGAAAGAGCAGGAAGCCAAGACUUUAUUGGUAUGCUUAGAAGAAAACUCAGACAAAGACAGCCAGCUAGAAGCCCCAAAAAAGAAGCUAAUAGUGAGAUUGAUGAAAUAAAAAUAUCAAAAUUUGUUUAUAAAGAUAAAGUUGCUUCUGAAAAUGAUACUGAUACAGAAAAAAUUGACGACUACAAGAAACAAAUGAUUGCAAUUAGGAACUUUAUCUUGUUUGAUGAGAAGAUCCCUGAUAACAAAGUCGACUCUAAAUAACCUUAUAGAAAAGCAACAGUUCAUCAGAGAAAAAUUGGGCUUGAACAAAGUAGAAGAGGGUGAACAAAAGCUGGAUACGGGUUUUAAGAUUAUUGAUGCAUUGAACAUGCAAACUCUUUUUGUCCAUGAUCCUGAAUUUGAAUGCUAUUCAGUGAUGACAGGUAAGAAGCUGCCCACUGGCUCGAAUGAAAAGGGAGUCUUCUGCUACUUUAAGAGCGAAGAUAGAGAAUGCGUUCACUGAGCUGAAGAAUUUACCAAAGGAAACAUUUUAAUGAAAUUGUCAUCAUGCGGACAUGUCUUCCACGCAGAUUGUGCUGAGGAGUGCAUGUAUUAUAGCAACCAAUGCCCUCUAUGCAGAGCCGUUCUUUACCAAAACUAGCACUCAUCAGCCCCAUUCCAUAAUGAUUUCAGAGUAAAACCUUAUUACCAAU